GGGAGGGGAAAAAAGAUGUUGAACUACAGCCUGAGGUCUCUCAAUGAGAACCACAUGCAGAAACUAGGCAGAGAAAAAGAGGGAGGAGAGGUGAACAGAGGAGGGGUGAAGGAAGGCUGUGACUAAAGCAUGUCACUCAGAGAGGACUGAGCAUUGUGUGGAUCUCACUUGAUAUUUUCACCAGGCAGUGGUGAGGACAGGACGUAGGAAAAGUGCUCACAGGAAGAGUGCUAUUUGUGUGGAGCUGGGAAAGACACACAGGAAUACAAAGAUUCCAAAGUGCAGAGAACGACUCUUUCAGCUCUACCAGUUCAGUAAAAAGAGCGACAGAAGAAAGAGAGAUGUCAAGUGCAAUCUUGAGACGAAACUCCAGCAAACAAGGCUUGCAGAACCUCCUCAGAGUGACGGCUCAACGCAGUAUUGAGGAUGCGGAAGAAAUCGAGAGGGAACGCCGCCGCCGGGCACGAGAGGCUCUCAGAAAGGAACACAGCAUCACCGGAUCAGCCGGAUCUCCUCAGGACAGCUCUGGACCCACUGAAGAGUGCCUCUUUGAGAGUGAACUGAAACCCAGCAGCUCUGGUACACUGGAAGAGGAUGAAGGUUUCAGUGACUGGACUCAGAGGUUGGAGAGGGGCAGACGGGUCAGGCAGGAGGAAAAUGACACUAGAGAGGAGGACUUGGAGGUGGAAAGAACCAUGAAUGGAGGAAGCAGAAGAGAGGAGAUCAGCUCCACCGUACUAAAUCAACAGCAUAUUGAACAAGGCAAAGUGGAAGAAAUGGUGGACUACAUCCCAGGGAGGAAGAGCAGUGAGAAGCGCAUGUUGUUCAGAGACAAGACAAGCAGCCUUAGGGCCAGAGAGACACCAGAAUGGAAGGAAGAUUUAAUCAGAGUUAAAAAUAGACAAGACGAGGAGUCAAGGCCACACAUAGAGGAUAAGAUAAGAGCUGACAUGGUGAAAGAAGUGAGAAAAGAAGUGAAGGUCUCAUAUACAUCUAAAGUCUUCCUGCAGCAAGAUAGAACACCCAUCACCAAUAGUGAGGAUCCUGUUGGAGAGGAAGUGACAUCGCAUCUACUCAAAACAAGAAAGACUACAAGGGUCAUAGGUCAGGGCUCAGAGUCAAGGGAACAGGCAGGGGCCAGUCUGGAGACAGAGCAGAAGUUGGAGAAGAUCCGACGGAGCCACCAGGAAAAGGAGAGCCAGGAGCUGGAGCAGCUUCGCCAGCGGCAGGCUGAGGCUGAGGUGGAGCUAGAGGAGCUCAAGAAGAGGAGAGAGGAACGCAGAAGAGUGCGUGAGGAAGAGGAGCGCAGGAAGGAAGAGGAGGAGCAGCAGCGUCUGGCAAAGGAGGAGGAGGAGAAGAGGCAGAUGAAGGAGGAUAUUGAGAGGAGAAGGAUGGAGGCAGCUGAAAGGAUGAAGAGCUUGAAUAUGUCCUCCCCAGAUGGGGAUGAGUCAUUUAACCCUCUUAGUCCAAAGAGUCCCACUUUCAAGAGAGAGCAUGAGGAGAGAUUGACAGCUGAAAGUACAUACUCGAUCAUGGACAGAACAGAGUCCUUGAAUCGGUCCUUAAAGAAAAGCAACAGCUUUAAGAAGACUCAGCCACCGCUACUCCUAUCUAAGAUCGAUGACAAACUGGAGCAGUACACUCAUGCUAUAGAGAGCUCGUCAAAAGAACCAAAGACACCCAAGUCAGCUGUCGUGGACAUGCCCAGUGUUCCUGAACCAGUGGUUGCCAAAAAGAACCUGUUUGAGGCAGGAGAGGCCUGGAACCAGGGCACAUCCAAAGGAACUCCAUCAAAGGACACCGAUGGACUGAAGGUGGGCGUGGCUGAUCUGAUCACUCAGUGGGUAAAAGGAAGCCCAGAGGCUGGGAACAGAUACAUACAGCCCAAACCCUGUGAUGUUAAAGCAGGAGAUGUGCUCCAGAAGAAGAACAUGUGGGAGAUCAUAGGGGAAGCAACUGGGCAGUCAGGUCAAGCAGGGAAGGGCACCUCUUCUGGCAAACGCUACAAGUUUGUUGUGACCGGCCAUGGCAAAUAUGAGAAGAUUUCCAUUGAUGAUGACCAUUACAGUGAUUACGCAAAUGGAAAAUCAAGGGACCUGUGCCACAAUGACUUGUAAAGGCCAUAUAAUGGUGAUUUGGAUGAUUUACAAGGAUGCAUUGUUUAUUACAGGUUUUACAUUCACAUGCAUAAACAACUAUCAGUUGUAUUAAGAUACAUGUCUAGCAGUAGAUUUUAUUAUAGAGUGGGACUUGUUGAUUUUCUUAUGUGUCACAUACACACACACACACACACACACACACACACACAUAUAUAUAUA